CGUGGCUUUAGUUUGACGGACAGGCGGAGGCCCGGUGUGGUGUGUUUUGUCUGCAGCCUGAGCCCCAGUAACCGGAUAUAUAACAGCGGCGCCUGAAAAUGAUUAAGAAAUUUGACAAGAAGGACGAAGAGUCCGGUAACGGCGUUUUUCCCAUACGGUUUCAUUCAUAAUGGCGCUUAUAUACACUCUUUCUUUCAGUAGGCCUCAAAUCCCCGGACUCUCCUGCUGCUGGUGGCCGCACAGGGGGCAGGAUGUCCCGGGGGAUGUCUGACAGGAGGAGCUUGGAGUCAGGAAAUAGGGGGAAACCUGCAAUAUACACAUAAAUAGCCACCCUGCCCUUCUUACUUACAGGGAAUUGAUUUAUUCUGUUACAGAAUCUUCAUCAGAUUGCUGGAACACUGUGUAUAAUCUUAGUUACAUUCACAGUGCAGGGGGGAUUUUAUUUUUUGGGAGGUUUGCUAACAUUUUAUUGCAUUAUGCCUACAUAAUAAUAGCUAGUAUACAUCACUUUCCAUGUUGUCUUAUAAACAUGUAGUAAAGGCUUUACUGGAAUAAGAUAUUAAACUACACAAAUCAUAGCAUAUCCUAAAUAGUUAUUGAUAUGUUACAUAUCAGGAACUAGCAGAUAAGUUCUUAAAAAUUCACAGUAUUCUUGUGAAAGUAAAUACGUGACAGGUAUAAGGUUUGUCACAAAUAUUGACAAAAAGUGUCCACGUUGAAUGCUGGCAGUCCAAUAGUUUUUUUCAUUAGAAUGGAUCUUAAUGGGAUAAAAAAACAAAACUUUGAAAGACAAAUUCAAGCACAGUCAGAAAAUGUAAUAUAAGACAAAACAGGAACUACAUUGUCACAUAAGGACACACUUAUUUAAUUUUAAGAAAAAAAUCUGAUGGGAAUAGAUGUCUUUUGCAAUGAGCAGUAGAUGUCUGUAUAAUUUCAUUGUGCAUGCACAACAUCUUGUGUAGAAGAACUUGCUUGAUUACCAUUUUAAAUGCACUUCAAGCACCAUAACCACUGCUGCAUUAUGUAUUGGUUAUGGCGCCCUGUCACCCCUCAUUGUAAGCAUUCAGGUUUGAAUUUUUACCUGUGGUCCACUGGAUGCCACUCCUACCCUGCAUUACCAUCAGACAGAAAGCAGGAGCUUUCAUUAGCGGUCUUGAGCUAAGUGCUAGUUCAUUGGCCGAGAGCAUCACCUAAUCAUUCUCAGACAAUGAUUAUAGCCGGCUUGGCUCAGAGCGCUUCCUGCUCUCUGUCUAAAGAAGUGCAGGUGGGGAGUGGUGUCUAAAGUGGUUUUACUACUUACAAUGCUGACGUGGCACCAGGGCACAACUGGCACCAUAACCUCUACAGUCUACUGUAGUGAUUGUUGCUUGGAGUGUUCCUUUAAUCCCCAGAUGAAGCUGCCAGGAGCUAUAGACUUGGACAAAGAAGAAAAUGGUGGUACAUAGGAGAAAGAAGUACAUCUUACUUCUGACCUUACAGAUACCUUCUUGUAAGGGGACGUGGCACCUUUGGGUUUUUGCAAAAUGUGCACAGACUCUUAAAGUGAAAGUGUUUUUUUUAAAGCUAUAAUUCUUUAAAUGGUCAAAAUAAAACCUGAUUUUAGAAACCAUGCACCUCAAAAUAAAAACAUAACCAGGCUAUAAUAUUGUAUUGCUGUCAAUCAUUUGAUUAAAACACAUGUCAAAACAUGAGAUGGGAAUGUGGACAUAUUACUAAGUGUCAAUUCAAACAUUUGUUUGUGUUUAGCAAAUAUAUCAGGGUUCAAAAUGUCAAGCCCUAUGCUGUUAGCUAACCCUAAAAGUUACAUGUUUCUGCCAUGCUACUUCUACUGCAUGAUCCCAAGGUAUGGACAGUAGCAUGCCAAAGAUGACCUCUAAUUUUAAACUUUUAUUGUUAUUGUGAGCUGAUCUCUACUUAGUUUUUGUAUUGGUCAGGGUGCAAAACUGCCCUAGUGGCUUUCUAUGGUAAGUUGUCAGACCACUUGCAAACACUUUGACUAUUUACGUGGGGUCUCUUGUCAGCUCAGUACAGUGAGCAAUGCUUAGAUCAUUUGCUGAGAGCACUUGGCUAACGUUCUCAGCCAAUUAGCUGGCCUGUGUGGCAGUACUUCUGCACUUCCUACAGGAAACUCAAACAUGCCAAGAUUUAAAGGGGUAUUCCAAAUACCAUACGGCCCACUGUAAUGGUUAAAAUGCCAAGCAUUGCCUAGUGCCAUCCCAUUUUUAAGAGUCAAACAGGUGUUUAACGUUAACAUGUUUCAAAAGGUUUACGAUUGAACUGGUAUAUGACAACUGCAGGCACUAUAAUGACUUAAUUGAGAUGAAGUGGUUGUAGUUACUAGAGUAUCUCUUUAAAUGUUAUUUAUUUAAAAGCUCAAGAAAUAGCUACUUGUUUGACUAUUAGAAUACUUUUUGAGGUGUCAUCUUCUUCCUUAAAGGGUUACUCCAAGUACCAUAACCACUUUAUUGAGUUGAAGUGGUCGUGGUGAUAGGAGUAUGUUUGUGCAGUGUGUCAGCUUUAAACACUGCACAUACAGAGUUAUUUUUCGUUGCCAGCACACUAGAACUCUGUUCUAGACUAGUGUCAAUUCUGUGCAUAUUUUACUGUUGUCCGCACUCACUGCAUACUGGCGACAGACGUAGAAAUCUUCCCCUUGCAGGCAGAGUGUCUUCACCUACCUAUCUUCCUCCUCUCCCCAUUGAAAAAAAACAUUCUAAAGCUUAUUUUUUAUUUGAGGGAUGGAAAACCUAAAUAGGGCAAUAUACAUUAAAAACCACAGCAUGAAAAACUGGUUGGAGUAACCCUUUAAAGAUAUCCAAACUACACAUGAGUGAUUCAACUCUGUUAAAGCGAAUAUAUCAUGAAAUUGGACAGGUUCAAAGAACAGUUAUUAAACUGUUUGUUCAAAGGAGUACUGUCACUUCAAUGGAAUUAAGAUAAUUGAAUAAAACAUUGAAAAUCACUUUUAAUUUUAAUUAACCUUUUUCUUUUUUCCACUGGAUGCUCCAUUUUAUUUUAGAUUCAUUUGAAAGAUUUAGCAUAUAUAUAGAUACAUAAUCCAGUUCAGACAUGGCAAAUGUAGGGCAAACAUUGCAGAUGGAGAGGAGAAAUGGCAAUUGUUUUGUAUGUCUUCUCUAUGCUGACCUCUAGAAGGAUAGGACAGUUUGUAAAAAUGAUUGUUAGUAAGCUAUGAUAUAGGUAUCCAGUUGCAGGAUAAAGAGAUGUAGAAGUCUACAUUUAAUUUUAUUAUUCCCAUCUUUGAUAAAUAUAGGCUUAAGAAUGCAUAUUAUUAAAAACCCUGGGAAAUAGAUGUUCCCCUUUAAUUAUAAAGCAUCAUCAUACAAUGUACAGUGCUGCUAAAUAAUGAUCAUUCUUAUAUUUCAGUACAUAUUUGUGUCUCUGCAAAGCACAACCUUGAUGAUUUCAUGCUUAUCUUUAUUAGGAAGUGGUUCUAAUCCCUAUCAACACUUGGAAAAAAGUGCUGUUCUUCAAGAGGUGAGUCCAUGAACAAGUUGGAAAUACUUAUUUCUGUCAUUAAUGAUCGCUAGAAUGUUGCUUUAUAAGUCUUCAUAUAUUUGCCUCAUACUUGUAACAGUGAACACGUUUUCACCUCCUGCUGUCAUUUUAUACAUAAAUUGCACUUUUUGGAUUUCAUAUAUGACAGCACUUAGUCAUUUAAGAAGUGUUUCUUUGACAACGACAUGUAUAACAUGAAGCUGUGAUUAAUUCAGCUUGCACAGUUGCGGAACUUUGUACUUAUUCCAUGGUGAGUAAUUUUAGAGUUGUUUUUUUGCCUCUACAGUAUUUUCUGUAAAAUCUCAAGUAAUACUUUAAAGUGCCAUACUAUGCACCAUAUACCCUUAAAAGUUUUGUGAAACUCUUUAUUUACUUUUGCAGGCUCGGUUAUUCAACGAGACUCCCAUAAAUCCAAGAAGAUGUCUCCAUAUUUUAACCAAAAUCUUGUACCUGCUGAACCAAGUGAGAUGCAAGAGCAAAGAUUAAAGCUGUAUUUAGGGUUGCAUUUUUGUCAAAUUUUAUGUGCAACUCAUCAUCUGUCAAAAAUACUCCUUAUAAUAUGUUGAAUUUAUUUUAAUUUAGAAUAACUUAAUCCUGGUGGGGAUCCUAAAUCAAUCGUUAUGAUCAGUUAUAUUUAACUGUUUGAGUUUUAUUCCUAUGUACAGUAAACAAACUCAUUCAAAUCAUACAAAACAGAUUUUAAAAAACAAUUAAAGCAACACAUAUCUAAUAAUAAACCUGCAAAUUACAUACAUUAAGGGGACACUGAAACUGAGGCAUGUUUUCCCUGUAUGAAAGAAUGAUUAUUAAUAGUGGGAGAACAUCUGUGUCUCUAUAAGCAAAACACAAUGGUUAUCACAUGCAAAUUAACUAAUAUUAUUGACUGACUUUUUGGAACAUAUAUUAGGUUAGUUUGUUUUGUGCCUAAAUUUAUGUUUAGAAUACGUUUAGAAGACGUGUUUAGAAUAUUUUAAACAUGUCUGAACCCUUUGUGACUGUACACAUUUAUAAUCUACUUAAUGCUAUAUAGCAUUCAGUAAGUGGGGUAGUGCAGUUAGGUGGCCUUUUAAUAUAUGUUUUAAAGCAGGGGUGAGCAAAUGGUAGAUCCACAGUUGUUGUAGAACUGCACCUUUAUGAUACUUUGCCAUUCUAAAGGCUGGAAAAGCAUUAAAGGACCACUAUAGUGCCAGUAAAACAUACUCGUUUUCCUGGCUCUAUAGGGUCUCUAGUUCCCCCCCCCUCCCUCAGGGCCCCCCUCCCGCCAGGCUCUAUGUGGUGGGAGAAAAUGUACCUCUUUUUCCAGAAAGGGGGGCGGUGGACUCCUCCUCUCCUCCUCCUUCUCGUCGUCAUUGGCUGAAUGCGCAUGCGCAACACGAGCCGCGCGCGUAUUCAGCCAGUCCAUAGGAAAGCAUUCUCAAUGUUUUCCUAUGGACGCUGGCAUCUUCUCACUGUGAAAAUCACAGUGAGAAGCGCCUCUAGCGGCUGUCAAUCAGACAGCCACUAGAGGCUGGAUUAACCCUAUUAUAAACAUAGCAGUUUCUAUGUUUAUAGAAGAAAGGGUUAAUCCUAGCUGGACCUGGCACCCAGACCACUUCAUUAAGCUGAAGUGGUCUGGGUGCCUAUAGUGGUCCUUUAAGGCAGUUGUAGUUCUACAAUAUCUGGAAAUCAAACAGCAAUAAAAUGAGAGCUUUAUUAUUUAUUGUAAUCUUCUGAUAUAUUUAUAUAACACUGUUGGAAUACUAAUAUGAAAAUAUAGUGUGUUGAUUUUUUGGGGUUUUUUUUGUCAUAAAACCAUUAAACUGGUAAAAACCUGGAUAAAAAAGCAGACAUUUUUACUACCCCCUUAAUCAUACUGAAUUAACGCUGUGUGUGUAGACACCUCCAUUUCCUGCUGUGCAACUUUUUAGUUUUUUUUCAGGAAGCUAUGAGUGAACUCACACAAGCUAGUUUAUAGUCUUUGUAGUGUCUCACUGUUGGGUUUAUCUGUCAUGCUUAAGUAAUACAAUAAGAAGAAAUUAGGAGGCACUUAUUUUAUUCUUCUGCACUAAUGUUUUUACACCUGUCUUGUUCAGGGUGAGCACUUUGGAACUAUGGAAGCAACAGAAGCAUUUUUUGCUAUGACACGAUUAUUCCAGUCAAACGAUGUAAGUGAAUUAAUGUUAUAAAUUAAGACUACAAGCUACAAUCAGUUGUUUUAGCUUUAUUAAACAUUUUCCUUCUCAUUGUGUUUUAUAGUGUAAUUCAAUUAAUAAAGCUGGUGUCAUUGUAUUGCUAUUUUCUCUAAUUUAAAACAAUCAAUAAUUUGGGUGAACCCAUCCACGUGAAAUAUUGCUGUUUUUUCAGAAAGGGCAAUGUUUACCUUGAAUAGUUAAAUGACUCUAUUGUCAUACUGACAGCUUCUACAGGCGCUUCCGCUGCACUGACCAAGUAAUACUUGGUCAUGUGAUGUUGCAGCUCAUAGGAAAACAAUGUGAUAGGAUUUCCUAUCAGAAUCAUUGGAUCCCAAUGAAGCGCUUGUAGCAUGUGCACACCAGGUCCACAGUGCUCUUCUAUGAGAAACAUGGAAUUGGACCAUUGCCAGAGGAAGCCAUGCUUACUCGAUUAUGUUGCUGGAGCUGAAUAGGCCAGCAGUGCUAAAAGUGUCUCAGCACUAUAAAAAAGGUAAGUACAAAGAGAGAAAUAUCACAAGGGACAGGGGCACUAUUGUGUUUCUUUAACUGUUCUGUAAACUUCCUACUGUUCUUCCUAUAUUCUCUGCAGAGGAAGGGGUUUAACAGUCCAUUCCAUUGCAGGUGCUUAAUUUACUACUGAAUUGUGUAAUUGUUUUGUUGUUUGUUAGUAUAUGUUUGUGUUUUUCCUCUAGCAAACCCUAAGAAGGAUGUGUUACCUCACAAUCAAGGAGAUGGCUAAUAUUUCAGAGGAUGUUAUUAUUGUCACAAGCAGGUAUGUAAUCUUGUCAUCAAAAUAAAUUUAUACUGUUAUAUUUGUAUGCAUUAAGUGAUUGUUUCUAGUGCUUCCACCCAAAAUAUCAAAUGGGGUAUGGAUUUGGUUUGUAUGUUUUGUUCAUUCUUAUUGUGUGACCCAGCUGCCCUUGAAUUCAUGGACAGAUGGCUCAUAUUCUUAUCUUUGUUAAUUGCCCUCUAUCAAUCUGUAUGUAUUAUAUUUUUGAAAAAAAGACACACAAGAUGUAAAUCACCUAUAAUUGAUUCUGUGUGAUGCUCAAUUUUCUUUGAAGUUUAUGUUAAAGAUUUAGCAGUUGACAAAUACUAAGCUCUAACAGAAAAGGGCAGAGCUUAUAACACUGAUAAGGAGACAAGAUCUAAACCAAGCAUAUCAAACUCAAAGGCUAGCAGGGGCCAAAUCAACAAGGAUUCAUUUAUAUGGGCCGUAAAAAACAAAAAUGUAAAUUUUUAUACAAACAUAGGUUUAUUUUGGAAAGUACAGCAUAAAAAACCCAGCAUUCCAUCUACUAAAUCCCAGUUCCCCACCUCUACUAAAUCUCAGUCUCCCCCCCUCCCCCCCCCUCCCCUUUACUAAAUUCCAGCUCCCCUGCCCCUGGUUAAAAAAAAAAACCACAAUAUUAAGGAACAAGCAGUACCCGGAGUCCUGCCUUGGUGCUUUCCGCACCCUGUGCCAAAGCAGUUCCUCCUAUUACUCCUUGAAACCGUGUGAAGACAGAGCAUGUCGGUGUCACGUCAGAAUGUGGCGUUGCAUACUUCCAUGCACCUCUAGGUUCCCAACUGUCCAGCUGCGGCCAUCGCAACACUGACUGACACACACUCACUUACAGACACACUCCCUGACAGACACACACAUCUACACAUUCACACAUUCUUGUACACACUCAUGAUCAUUUUAUUUAUUGCAGAUCCCUACCUUUGGGAGUUGGUGUGGGGCCUCCCCCUGGUGUCCAGUGGGGAUCUUCACUCUGGAGGUCUACCUGCCUGCUCCUCACUAUCACUGCUCCUUCACGUGCGCAUUUUAGUGAUGUCUUAUUCCGGCACCCGGUAUCACCACAGAGGCGCACACGAGCAGUAAGGAGCAGGAAGAACAGGCCGCGCUCCCUCUAUACCAUCUGCUUCAUCUCUCCCUUGCCAAGUCCACCACUUGGGCCCCCUGUUACACUCCAUCUACUCGCGGCGCUCCCCACCUCCUUGCCCAGGAUCAGCCCUGCCCCCAACCACCUAUUAGUAAUGAAGAAUAUUUUUGCUGGGUCGCAAAGAUAUUCAUUAUGGGCCACGAGUUUGACAUGCUUGAUCUAGACAUUUAGUUCCAGAAAAAAAUCUUAUACUGAAGCAUGAAUUUCUACAUUAAGUUUUAAUUUUUCAGACUUUGCUAACACAUUUGUUACAUAUAGGUAAACUUAAUAUUAAAUAACCUAGAAUGUAAAUUUUCCCUUUUAAGCGUUUUCAACCACCAAUACAGAUAAGUGGAACAGUAGACGAGUAACAAGGGAGAAGACUUCUAUUCAACAUGAACUACAAUAAUAACAAAUAAUUCACACCAAGUGCAACAAAAACAUGCAUGUCCAAAAUAUGAACUGAAAUAAAGGGCGGAACAAAAUUCACUGUAGGAUUUGAGGAGUCCGUAACUUUUUUUAUUUUUUUAUUAAUGAACCAAUUUCAAUGAUAUACAACGUAUGGUUAACGUAUGGAGAUUUGUUUGACUAGGUGUGGAAGAUGAAAUCUUUUAAAUGAGCUUCAUUUGCCGCCUUGCAAAGCCAGGCUCAUUCGAUUGCAUUGUUCAUAACAUUAGUUAAUGUUUCAGGCUCUAGCUCUCAAAUUCGUGCAUGUAUAUUCUUCUUGAGCUGCUCAAGUGUGUACGUGGUUUGUUCACGUACACCUGCUCCUUCAGAUAGCCCCACAGGAAGUAAUCGGUAGCUGAAAGGUCGGGCGAACAUGGCGGCCAAUAAAUUUGGAAAUUUCUUGAAAUUAUAUGCUCGCCAAACAGUUGUCUCAGUAUUGAAAAUAAAAUCCUACUAUUGUUACUCUUUGCCCCUUUGUAAAUUAUCCAUGAUGAAUCUCGUAAGGCUUAGUUAUAUGUACCUGCAACAAAAAAAUGGAACUACUUAAAAAAAAAUUAUUUACCUGUCAAAUUCUACUCUGAAUUUUGGCCCACCCUGUACAGGAAGAGUAAUGGAAGGAUGUUGAUUCGGGACUGUACAUUUAAUUUUAUAAUGUUAUAAAAAGUGUUCUACUAUAUGAGAAACCUGAAAUUUAAUAGUCUAGAAACUAAUCCAUUUGAUUAUAUUUCCCAGUAACAUGUGUAGAGGAAGUGAUUGCAUUAACCUUUUGUUUAAUUUAAUUUCACAGUCUGACCAAGGACAUGACUGGGAAAGAAGAUGUGUAUAGAGGACCAGCAAUCCGGGCACUUUGCAGUAUCACUGACGUAAGUAGCCAGCAUGACUGGUAAACCUGACCGCAAUACCACAGUGCUCUAAUACAUUUCUGAAUGGGGGUGUUUAACUCUGAAAGGUCUAUUUAUUGAAGUUUCUAACAAUACCCUAGAUUCAGUGCACCCUAUAAUUGCACUAAACACAGUAACAGCAGUUUUAUUUGGCCUUGAAUCUGGGAAAAGUAUGCUGUUCUCCAUUUAUCAUUAUUUAUCGCCAGGACUAAGCAAAUUAUAUGAUAUCAACAUAUUUUUGCACCUUUUCACACUGAAAUCUAUUAAUUGACAUAUGUAGAAAAGGGGGCUCAGGUUAGGUUAGUGCAGUUAUACAAAACACGCUAAUCACCAAUUAAAGGAGCAAACACACAAAACAGGUAUACAAAUACCUAAUUAAUUCCGAACUGUAGAGAAAAUAGGACUCCUCCCAGUCCUCGUAAUACAAUAUAUAGGUUAGUGCAGUACCAUAAAAAAGGGAAACAAUACUACUGUGCAGCUAUAAAUCAGUACACUACAGUGGCUCUCAAACAGCGUUAACAGCAUGAAACAAUCAAAAUGAAAAAAGUAGUACAAGUGCAACUCGAAAGCUGGUACAGCAAAGUGGUACUGAGGGACAUACAAGAGUUAAAGGGUUUGGAUGAAACCCUUUCUCAAUGUAAAAGCCAUGGAGGGCAUGACUGUAGUAUAUCUCAAUAACAUUUUUGUUGUGCUUGUCCUGUUUUGUCAUUUUGAUUGUUAAAAUCUAUGAAUAUAGCAUGCUGUGGAUCUUAAAAAUAAGAUAACUUUAAUAACAUUGAUUGCCUAUCUUCUACAUUCUGUCACUGACCAACCCUGGUUGGGACCUACUCUUUGAAAAAAUAAUUCUUACAAUUUAAUUCUGCAAAAGAUUAAAUUGUUUUCUUGCUGUCAAGCUUAACAUUAACCAUUAAAGAACAACUGUCAUGAAAUUUUCACUUCAUGUCUUUUUUUUGUUUUUUUUUUUUGUUUACUUUUUAAAGGACCACUCUAGGCACCUAGACCACUUUAGCUUAAUGAAGUGGUCUGUGUGCCAGGUCCCUGUAGGAUUAACCCUUUUUUUUUUAUAAACAUAGCAGUUUCAGAAAAACUGCUAUGUUUACACUGAGGGUUAAUCCAGCCUCUAGUGGCUGUCUCAUUGACAGCCGCUAGAGGCGUUUGCUGCUUCUCAUUGUGAAAAUCACAGUGAGAAGACCCCAGCGUCCAUAGGAACUUCCUAUGAGACUGGCUGACUGCGCGCGCAGCUCCUGCCGCGCAUGCGCAUUCAGCCGAAUAGGAGGAGAGCUCCCUGCCCGGCGCUGGAAAAAAGGUAAGAUUUAACCCUUUCCUCUCCCCAGAGCCCGGCGGGAGGGGGACCCUGAGGGUGGGGGCACCCUCAGGGCACUAUAGUGCCAGGAAAACAAGUAUGUUUUCCUGGCACUAUAGUGGUCCUUUGAUGAAAUUUUUUGAGAAAAUGUCGCUGUUGUAUCUGUCUGAGCAUGAUGGCUAAGAAUCUACUGUUAUGUGACCAACUGCAUUUCAACCUGACUUGCUUGCUGCUGCAGAUUUAUUGAGCGCACCCACAGCAGCAUACAAGUUAGGUUAAGCAGCAGUUUGCAAGGUAACCAUAGAGUCUGACUCAGCAUGGGUGCUAAACCAGAUAAAAAAAAAAAUAAAAAGUAAAAUUUUCUCAAGAAAUAUACAUAAUUGAAAAAAUAUUAGAUUUCAUCAAACUUAAAAACAAAACAAACAUAUAGCAAAUAAUGAAAAUUGGGUGAAAGGUGUCCUUUAUAAACAAAACUGGAUUAUAUUUCAUUCUACAAGCAUUUUCAGUGUUGAGUUACAUAUGAUGAUGCAUUAUGCAAGCUGUUCAGACUCAUUGGUUGAUGUUUUGAUAUUAUUGCUCUUAAACCUAUUCCACUACUAGUGGUGGAAAUAGGGUGCAGUAACCCCCUGUGGUACCUUUCCUGGUAUUUAUCUUUUGGACUUGCUUUCAUUCCCACACCUCUCAUACAAAAUAAUUUAAAAACUUGUUUCAUUUGACAUUUGAUAUACUAAAUUCUCUCAAUUCCAUAACCGUGUAUUCACAUAUUUAAGAAUACCAUCAUUGUAGUUGAGGUUUUACAGUAGUAUAGUCUUACUAUUUGCCGAACACUGCUUAUAACAGCCUGAACUGUUUUGUGUAUAAUUAGCUGCUUUCAAAGCCAUUCUUUGUUUAAUGGAUGAAACAUUUAAAUUUGGAAUGUUAGUGUUAGCGUCACAGUUUGAUGCUAGGACAAAUAGUGUAACUUCAACAAAGAGCUUUUCUGGGAAGAAAGCAUAGAGACAAUUAAACCUCAUAAGUUCCCCAAAAAUCUGUCAAAGAUGUACAUAUUUGGUAUUACUGUGUUUAGGAGAUACGGAAGAAUACAAUUCUAGGGUCUUUGAAGUAGUAGGACACACAAGACAUGUGAAAUUCGCCAUUAAAGUUCAAUGUGAAUAAUAACACAACAAUACAGCUAAAAUCUGCACAAAUCGAUGAAGUGUCAAGUGAGAAGACUCAAAAUGCCCCAUACUAAAUAAAUCCAGUGCUAUGAUGGGGGGAAAGUGCAGUUGGGGAUUGUGUUUUUUUUUUCCCCCCAAAAUAAACAUUUCUGUAAUGUGACCCUAUAAUAUAUAUCAAAUUGUAUGACGAAAAUCCAUAUGUGGGUUAUUGAUGUACUAGGGGGCAGUAGCAAAUCUGGAGUUUUUACAGUAGUGGAACAUACAAGGUCUGUGAAAUUCCCCACACAAGUGAAAUAUGUAUGUGAAAAAUAGUUGUAUAGUCAUCUAAUCUGUUCUAGAUUGGUAAUAAACGGUUACAUGAAAAUUAUCAGAAUGCUCUUGUAUAUAAUACCAUAAGGGGUCUAAUUUCUGCAAAUGUAAACUUUUUAUUACAAUUUUUGACAUUAUUGGCCGAGAAAUCCCUAUUAGGAAUGUGAAGAUCAGUGCAUGUGUAUAGUUUUUGUUUAUUUUUUUACAAUGGUAUUAUCUGCUUCUAGGGCCUCUUAAUUUGGGGGUAUAAGUGAGAAACUAAUAGCAAACAUAAAAAGUCUAUUUUUAUUAUUUUGCAGGCAGUUGAUUGAAAAUACGUUUAUAAUUGAAAUGUAAUUUAAGAAUGUUUGUUUGUUAAAAUGCAAUCUAACCACUUCUGUCAUAGAUGACGUGUAUUUGCUAUUUAAUGAUUUUAACUUUGCCAUGUGAUCUAUUUUAUGUUCUUCUAAUUCUUAAUUCUUUAUUUUCUUUCAGGCCACCAUGCUGCAAGCUAUUGAGCGAUAUAUGAAACAGGCAAUAGUAGAUAAAGUUCCUAGUGUCUCCAGCUCUGCAUUGGUGUCUUCAUUGGUAAGUAGAUAAGAGGUUAGAUACUGGACAGUAUACUGUUGGCCUCUAGACAAUUAUAACUGAUGCUAUUACAUUACAGCCAAAAAUUUGGUUAUGGCAUGUCAAAAAUGGUUUGCUAUAAGCAAGCACUUGUUUAAAGUAAAUUUUAAUUACACUAUGGUCUAUAAAGAGAAAUGUUAACUGACUCAAUUUUUUUUCUCAGCAUAUGAAUAAAAUAAGCCACGAUGUGGUGAAAAGAUGGAUCAAUGAGGCUCAGGAGGCAGCUUCUAGCGACAACAUCAUGGUUCAGGUAGGUUACUGUCACGAGUUAAAUGGUAAACCAAAGGAAAUAAGCAAAUGUCACAGUACACUAAAAUAUAAGAAAAUUAUAUUUAUUAAUACUAGUAAAAUAUUUAACCAUGAACUGUGGAUUAAGGACAAUUAACUGAAUGUCUGCAAGUCAAUGCUUCCUGAUGGGAUGACAUAUUAGGUGCAAUUCUGAUAAUAACAAAGCCCACCAUACCUUUUUAAAAUAACCUUUUAAAAAAUAGUUUUUUCUUUAUCUAAACGAAAAAAUGGCUUUCCUCAGUUCUUCCCUUAUAUACUAUUCAACAGUAUAACCACAGUCUUCUCUACUGACCACAUAUCAAUUAUGCCGGUAAAAACAUUCGUAAUGGAGUGCUGAGAAACAUAACAGCUUUGUUUUAUUGCAAAGGUUAUGAUGCAGAGAGGACAUGGCGUUCUGUCUCCCUCACCAAAGCAAAUUAUAACUGCAGUGGGUUUGCAAAAAAAUGCUGGGUCUGUAAGAUUCCUACAUGGAUCAAUGAUGUCAGUGGAAGAAUCUUACUAUGUUGUCUGUCCUCUUCUUCAAGAUCUUUAGGUGAUUUUACUGAAUCAUCCCAGACAAAUGGAAGUGCCAGUGGAACGCGUUAAAAAUUCUAGGGGACUGUUUAAUUACUACAGUCCCAAUGGUGGAUUUGAAUAUUGUACUAUAAAUAGAGUAUUUGUACAUUGUGUGUAAUGCAGGUAUAAAUUGAGAUAAGUGUAACAUUAGUGGCUUUACCUUUUCAUACAGUAUCAUGCACUUGGACUUCUGUACUACUUACGAAAGAAUGAUCGACUUGCAGUUUCCAAGAUGCUCAACAAAUUCACAAAGUCUGGGUUAAAAUCUCCGUUUGCAUACUGCAUGUUAAUACGAAUUGCCAGCCGGCUUCUGGAAGAGUCUGAAGAGGGGUGAGUUAAAAUACUUUCUCUAUCAGGGCUUUUAUAUUUUUUGUAGGUCUGUAAAAGAAAAAAGUCCUUGCAGCAACUUGUGGGACUUACAGGGGUAAAUCCUUAAUGCGGCACUGUCAAUUUGCAAAGACCCCCAACAGUAACAUCGAUGCAGGGGGUAGAGGAGGCAGGUAAAUGUAAGAUGUGUGUACCUGAACCUGCCCCUCACGGCAUUGCCAUCUUCUUCCAGUGUGUCCUCUUCAGCUAGCUGAUAUCACUGCAUGCUCUAGAAUACAGCAUUGAGGUUACAGCGAGACCACGGGAUCCUCCUUUUACAUUUUGCCAGUGGCUUUAGUUAUCCUUUCAUUCUCAAAGGCCUGCUCUUUUAUAUAUGUGUGUGUGUAUGUGUAUACAUAUAUAUUUUUAUGUUUUUAAAUGUGUUGCAGACACAACAGUCCUCUUUUUGACUUCAUUGAAAGCUGUCUUCGGAACAAACAUGAGAUGGUAAUUUAUGAAGCUGCCUCAGCAAUAAUUCACCUGCCUAACUGCACAGCGAGGGAACUGGCUCCUGCUGUAUCCGGUAUGAAAAAAUUCCCUCCACUUUUUUUUUUUCAAUUUUUACCCCUGUUAGAUUUUUAACUCCCUCUUAUACAUAUCUGGCAUAGAUGUACAGCUUAUUGAUCAGAGUGGUUUGUUGUAUGUAUAGCUGUACAUGAGCCACUACUUUAAAGAAUUGUUACUUUAGAAACUGUGGUCCAUUCUAAUCUCUGUGUAACAUCAAUUUAUUGGGCUCUAUCCUCCUGCAAAAAAUAUUGUGGCAUUCCAGCACAGUGUUAACUAUCUCACUUCUUAGAGGCAUUGCAUUUUAAGUUGAAACUUAGCUGGCAAUGGGGUCUCUGUCAUGCAUUACCUUUAAUUGUGGUGACCAUUCCCAAAAGUCAAAGAGCUCUGGGAAAAAAAACAGUCUUACCGUGCUCCACGCAAUUUUGCACUGCCUGGUAUUCAUGGACUGUUGGUCAGUUCCCCCUUCUAUACAAUUUGAGAAAAUCGGUUAAUGAGCAAUAUUUCCUUUGUGGCAUUGAGAGCCUUUUCCAAAAUCUGAAAGCCAGUUGGGGUUCUGCCUCUCUCAAAUGCUAUGUGUAAAAUUGUAGAUGACAUGCUGAUGGAUAAAUUAAUUACAAUGACCAGGGGAACUUUCAAGCCAAUUGAUGCGUUUGUUUUCACUAAAUAGCAUCUAUUUAGAACAUUGUCACACUGAAAUUUUAUUUCUCUUUUGUAUUAUAUUUUCCUUAACAAAUUAAAAAAAAAACCAAAAAAACUAGCUUGAUGCUUGUCUUACCCUGAACUGCCAGCCUUGUCACCUGUUCUUCACCCUGAAAUGGGAACUAACUUGCUUGGAUAUACUCUAAUCUUACUUACCAAUUUGCAUUACCAGGCCUAUAAUAAUUGGUUGAUUGCAAUGUGAAAAGCAUUUGCAAAACUGAUUGCUUUGUACUUAUGUACACAAGUUACUUUGAUGUGUCUUUUCUAUGAAAGGGACUGAUGUCAAAUAAACCAUAUAAUAUGGCUAUUGAUUCAUGUAGGAUUUGUCACCUUAAUUCAUGCAAAGUUUUGUUUUUUUGUGUGUAAGGAACACAUCAUCAGCAUCUACAGUUAAUUUAGAACAUUUGCAUCAUUAUGUUUUCAUCUAUUUAUUUUCAGUCCUGCAACUUUUCUGUAGCUCUCCAAAACCUGCCUUGCGGUACGCUGCUGUAAGGACUCUUAAUAAAGUAAGUAUUCUGCUUAAAAGUUUGAUUGCACCACUUGCUUUUGCUUUCAAUUUACACAUAGUCCAGUUUACUGUUUAAUGAGCUGGGCUGUGUGCAGCGUAGGCUUAGUCCUGUGCCGUGGCUUGACUCUCUCUCCAGAGAGGAAUGAGAGCUCAGCCCAGGUUGUGCAUGCUGCACAAGGACACCAUUAACAAAGGUUACCUGCUGCUGUUGCAUUUACUAAGCAGUAGAUUUAUGGUGGUAACUUUUAGCACUUUUUAUACAGUGUCACUUGAUAUUUUUAUUACGUGUUUAAUUUGUUUUUUCAUGUAAACACAUUGUGAAUUUGGCAUAUAUCUCUUGCCACCAGCCAUAAAAAUGUUGGUGUUUAAUUAUUAACCUUUUAUCUGCAUCUCUACCGCUGUACUUGUCCUGUAUGUUGCUUUCUAUAAUAGAAUGUUGCACUGUACAAAUAGUGAUUUGUCAGUCAAGUAAUAUGAAAUCUGUGAAAGCUUUCAUUAACAAGCAUACAUGUGACAAUGUAUAAUUGUUUCUGCUGGUGUUUCCAUGCUCUUAAAUUCUUUAAAAUGUGAAAGUGAACACGUUGCCCUCUUUCUCUAAUAGGUGGCAAUGAAGCAUCCCUCUGCUGUUACUGCGUGCAACCUUGACUUAGAGGGCCUUAUCACAGAUUCAAACCGUAGUAUUGCAACACUGGCCAUCACCACACUCCUGAAAACUGGCAGUGAGAGCAGCGUUGACAGGCUUAUGAAACAGAUCUCUACUUUUGUGUCUGAAAUUUCUGAUGAGUUUAAAGUAAGAACGUCUUUGUGUUCUAUUUCCCAAUCCCAUAUUUUAUGACUUAAAAUGUAUGUGGAUAAUUCUGGUGCAGUGCUAAAUUUCAUGUAAUCUCGAUAUAAAGGAGGAAAAUGUUUUGCCGCUUAUUCCAAAUGUAGCAAUUUACCACAAUAUUGUUGUGUUUUUCACUUACAAAACGUGGUUGUCACAUCCCCUUGUUUAUGUAGAGUACCAACUUCUUUUUUUUCCAAUUUACUUUUUAUUAGGCAUUUUCGUGUUAUGGGUACAGAAAGGAAAAAAGGGGGGGGGGAAACAAUGUACAUGUUCUUACAUUCUGUUAUUUUACAUCCAAGAUUCCUGCGGGGGGGGGGGGUUACAACAUAACAGGGUAAAGCAUUGGCCCUUGCGGCACAGCGUGUUAUUGAACAAUCACAGUACACCUGCCUCCUUUGUUGCUAGUAUUGUCAUACCGUUCUAGCCGGUGUGUUUUCUCAAUCUGGGUGUAACUCUUGUCUUUUGCUUCCCCUAACACAACUAUUUACACAUUGGUAUCCGUCUACUUUGAUUCUCAUUCUCUCUGUUGCCCCUGGUUUGUGCGUGUGUCUGGUUUCUCCCCGUGAUUUGUGGCUGUGACUCUUUGGUGGCUCUCGUUUUUUUUUUUUUUUUUUUUUUUUGUGGUUUGUUUGUUUUUUCCGCUUCUUCCCCUCUCCUCCUCACUCUCCCUCCCUGUCUCCCGCCUCUUUGCCCGGCUGUUCUAUAACCACUUCAUGUGGUUCUCGUCACCUCUUCCCAUCUGUCUCUGGCUUGUUUUGCUUGAGCAGAUGCUCCAAAUUUGGCGUUUAGUUUGGUUUCGUACAUUAAAUUGGUAGAGAUUUGGGUCAGUAAUGCAGCUUUUUCUGGUCUCGUGGUUUGUUUCCAGGCCCUUGCAAUCAGUGUGUUUGCGGCUAUUAGGAUAUUGAAGAGUAGUAUCGCUUGUGGCCUGUUGUAUGUCUCUAGAGUCAUAAACAACAGGCCACAUUCUGGCUGGAGGGGCGCCUGUGUGCCAAGUGUGUGUCGAAUAAUGUCUCCUACUUCUUUCCAGUAUGGUUGUAUUUGGUUACAUGUCUACCAUAUGUGGUACAUGCUGCCUUCCUCCAUCCCGCACCUCCAGCACAGUUUUGACGUAUGUGGAUACAUGGUUGCUAGUCUCGUCGGCACCAUGUACCACCUGUACUGCAGUUUCCUCAUGAGCUCUGUGUGCUGCGCAUCUAGAUCUCCCUUUGUGGGCGAUAAAGGCUUUUUGCCAUUGGCUGUCAGUGAAUUGUUUAUGUAGGUCUUCAUGCCAAUGCUCCUUGAAUUUGUCUUUCGGUGGUGUUUUAGGGUUGUCGUUUAGUGUGGCGUAGAGUAGAGAGAGUGUCUGUCUUUUUUGGUAUGUUGCCCGUGGUGCAUAUGUGAUAUAAUUGUUUUAAGGGUGUGGGUGUUUUUGUUGUGGUCUCAUUCUCCAGAAGUGCUUUUAUUUGGAGGUAUGUGAACAGAGUGGCAUUUGGCAAGUGGUAUUUGUGUUUCAGAGUGGGAUAUGGUUCUAGUUUACCUUCCUUGUAAAGGUGUUCUAUUCGUGUGCACCCUCGUUGGGUCCAGGGGCGGUGGUCUAAAGUGGGAUUUGCGAUGUGCAGGCUCUGUAUCGGGGUCGCCAUCACCCAGCUUUUGGUUUGCCCUAGGAGUUUUGUCUUCAAGUCCCAUGUGUCUAGGAGUAAGGAGGUAGUUGGUAGUAUAUCUUUGUGUUUGGGUCUCAACUUGUGGGGUACCCAGAAUAUGUAUUUUAUGCCCCCUGAGUAUAUCCCUGCAGCCUCCAUCUCUGCCCAUUGAGGCUUGUUUCCCCCUGUGUGUAGAGUGAGACUAGUGGACAGGAGGGCGGCUUCAUAAUACAGAUGGACGGCUGGCAGGCCCAGUACCAACUUCUUUUUAAUAUAUGCUCCUGAGAUUGUAUUAAAGCAUCUCUGUCACCAAAGAAGAUUGAGUAUUACAUAAAUGUAUAACAUUUAUGAAAUACUCCUAUUGCUUUUGUUGGAAUUUCAGUGCACGUCCAAGGCAAUCAAAAUAAUUCAUAAGACAAAGUUUGGAACUGUUUUGUCUUAUGGACAAGCCUAAGGUUGGCAAACUUUGACAAAAGACUGAGGUUCCUCCAUCAAGUUUUAUCAAUUCCUGUAGCCACCGCUAUGCAUUCUCUCGCUCAUUGGGAAGUUGUUCUAUGGAAGAUGUCAUUGUAUCUCCCAUAGAUCUGCAUGUACUUAGAGCAGUAAUGAGGGAUUUCUUGGUGCAUGAAGUGCCAGGAGCUUAAAAAAGACGUGGCAAUCCGAAAGGGAGAGCUUCCGCUAAGAAUUCCUCACCUUUGUUUUAAACUGCUGAAAAUAAAUAAUCCUGAUCAUUUGAAAAGUGUGCUGGUCUGGACCACGAUCACUGCAAAUGUGCAGCAAAUGCACAAUAUACAAAAAAAAUUUGUAUCUUCCUAAUUCUGUUAUUUGUAUAAAAUAAGGGUUCACCCUCUUUCUGAAAUUGCCCUUCAACUUUUAAUUUUAAUGUGGCACUGGGUUUCAUAAAAAUAUAAAGUUUAUAAAACACUAAUAAUAACUGCAGUGUAUUUCCAACACAAUUAAAAGAUACAGAACAAAGGAACUACUUUGUCUUAUGGAUAAUACUGAGAUUGACAACAGUUAACAAAAAGCAGGACUUCCACUGUUAAUUUUUAUUUCCAUGCAUUGGCAUCAAGUAAUGACUUUAAAGCACUGAGUGAGAAUUGCUGUGUGUGGAGGAUCUCUAUUUGUAUUUGCAAAGCUCAUGAUAGAUGAAGCACCAGGUACUUGUAGACAGAUCCUGGGAAGAUGGUGGGACCCAGAUGAGAGAGCUUUAAGUUAGCUUCUCACCAUGACCUUGACAGUACAAGUGGGCAUGUACCUUGGUACUUUGGUCCCUUCAGGAUUAUUCUUUACAUGCACAAACUGUAACGAAGUCUUUAAUUUUUAUCUUUUUAAUGCUGGUUUAUUCCUUUUUUCAUGUGACUUUUAAAUUCUGAUUUAAAACCGAAAACCCUGUUUUGAUGCCAUGUUUAUGUUUGCAGGUAGUUGUUGUGCAAGCUAUUAGUGCCUUAUGUCAGAAGUACCCACGCAAGCACACCGUGAUGAUGACCUUCCUUUCCAACAUGCUCAGGGAUGACGUAAGUGUUUACACUUUAUUUUAUAAAACUAUUUUGUUUUCGGAAAAAAGUGCCAUUUGAAUAACAAUUUAAUUACUUCAGAGUGCAGUGUGCUACUGAGCUAUCCUACACUGACAGGGUUAAUCUGACAAGUUUAAGCAACAUGUUGAUUUUAUUACUUUGCCCUGCUUGAGACCAUUUUUCUGUAGAAUUAUCCAGAUGUAGUAUAACUCUGAUUUAACGUGUAAACUUGAAAUUGUGUAACUCUUAUUUUUAUUUUUGUAUAUGUAUGUAUCAAAAUACCUACUGGGCAUUGCAAGUGAAAAUUCAGCCCUAGUGAGUAGAAAUUAACCACCUCUAGGCUUGCAUUCGCCAGUAACAUUUAUGGCAUGUCCAAUAGUAAAAUUAAGUCCCUCUCUCACUCUCUGUCAUAUCAGGGGUUUUCAUUUUAUAAGUUGUCUUGUAAGAGAAUCUGGUGGACCUUUGUCUUUGUUAUGACAAAUCUUUAAAGGCAUAUUCUGAAAUGUUAUGGGUGUGUGCAUGCUGUUUGAGUAUAAAUGCAUAUCUUUUAAAUCAAUUAUUGCAUAUUAUUGGUACGGAAAGUGUUAAUUCUGUAAAUUAUUCUAAUGCAAAAACUCAAAACAAAACUGGAUUAUUUUGUAUGAAAUGUUUUUAUUUGUAGUUUAUGAUUAGUCUGUGCUGUCCCUUCAGGGUGGUUUUGAAUACAAACGUGCAAUUGUGGACUGCAUUAUCAGCAUUAUCGAGGAAAAUCCAGACAGCAAAGAGUCUGGUUUGGCCCAUUUGUGUGAAUUUAUUGAGGAUUGCGAGCACACUGUACUAGCCACAAAGAUAUUACAUUUGUUGGGUAAAGAAGGACCACGAACACCCACCCCUUCUAAAUACAUCCGCUUCAUCUUCAACAGAGUAGUACUGGAAAAUGAAGCAGUACGAGCAGGUAAGCGUAAAGAUGAAUAAUUUAGUGCAAAUUUAAACAGACCUUAUGGCGGUACUUCCGCACUUGUAAUGGCUUCCAGAGGAUAGAAGUAUUUUUGAUAACCUUUUACUUCUGUCUUGUUUCUUUUCUUCUCCAACAAAGCAAUUGUUAACUUUAAACAUUUACAUUCUUGACUAUAGGGACAGUAAUAGUACUUUCAAAUCAAGAAGAACUCCUGGAAAUGUGAAAUAUUAAUUAUUGUUUUCUGUAACAUUGUCUGUUUUGAUACAGUAUAUAUAAACUUUUGUUCACCUUUUAUUUGUGUAAGGAAUAGCUCACAUGCUUUUAUACACCCACAACCCCAAUGACAAAGUAUAGCAAAAGGCACAAGUUCAUAAAUUCUCAGUAAACAUAUUGAAGUGCUUACAAUGAGAGAGAGUACGAACAGUGGAGAUGAAUAUGAGAUACAUUUAUGUUCGCAGUAAUUCUAGAUGUGGUCAGCAGCAUCAUCCUAUGAUGUUCUAGGUGUGAACCUACACACUAGCACAUCUGCAUUUGUGCUUAGUGUUAUGGAGGUUACAUUCCUUUACAUUUCAUGCACUGUAUGUGCCAGCAUUGCCUGAUUUACUAUGAAAGUAAAUAAAUGAAAUCAGUUUCAAUUUGCUUAUUUUUGGUGGCAAAAUGUCCAAUAUCUGUCAUCAGUUAUAGACUUUGUUUCUAAUUAUCUCUUCGACCAAUCAAGGUGCAAUUUGUGGGAGCUUCCCCCCCAUUUUCCUCAGUUCAUUAUUCUGUCUUUUCCCCUCUGGGAAGAAGUAAACUUAAAUAGAGGUGGUGACAACAACAACAACAAAAAAUCACUUGUCUUUCGUGGUCCCUGCAUUUGAGAUUGCCAACUUAUUGAUGAGAACAGUCAAUGCAUUGUUAAAGCAGAAAGUUGGCCUGAUUUGCAAAAUAAGAAUGUUUGUGAUAUACUCACAACUAUAACUUUGCACUUUGCUCUGUAAUUUUCAAUCCAUUCUCAAAAAUAGUUGCACAAAUCUGAAAAGGUGUGUUAGUACCUUGUAUACAAAGAACUGGCGAGAACCAGGUGACUGUGAGUCUGACUUGUUGUUGAAACUAUAUCAAACAUUGAUCAGCAGUUUGAGUGGCUGAAAGAUCAAGACUCAAACCCAUAUGAUUCAUAUUAUAUUAAGAAUAAUAAUCUUUUGUUAUGGAUACUUUUUUUCUGCCAAAAGUUCAGAUUGAACUUUAAAUGUUAAGUUAUGUUAUUUAUCUAUUGCAGCCGCUGUUAGUGCUUUGGCAAAGUUUGGUGCCCAAAAUGAAUGCCUCCUCCCCAGCGUUUUGGUUCUACUUCAGAGGUAAUAACUGCAUUAUAAAAGAAAGUUGCCUUUUAUUUUGUUUUUUAAGUAAACAAUUUCACAUUUGAAGUCAAAAUAAACCGCUAAACUGAAAAUGUAGCUGACUAUAUGAUUUCUUUUUUUAGCUUAUCUAUUUUGGCCUAAAAUGUAAAAUGGCUAGAGAUAUGAGGGCUCAAAAAAAAAAACCUAGGGGAAAAAAAAAAGUUAUUUUUCUAAAGCCAUUUUUAGCAAAACAUAGCUAAGAGAAUUUUUCCAUGUUGGCUAUUCAUAUUGGUUAUUUUAACCUUAAAUUUGCAAUCCACUUUAAAUUCUCAGAUUAGUAAAUAACCCUGGUAGUGUUUACUUGUAUCUGACCACAAGAUUGUUUUUUUUUUUUCCCCCUUCUUUCAGUAAAAUGGUGAGACCGACAUUGAGCAUUUGGAAACAUUUGCAAAUAACAUCAAAAUAAUUUGUUUUUCCAAAUGCUACCAGGAUGACAAAACACAUCCUUGCAUGCCAGGUGUGUCCUAAAGGCAUUAAAAAUACUUAAUGGAAUUAAAUCAGACCAACAUAGGUAUUUAAAAAAUAUACUCCUGAACUAAAGGGGAACUAAACUCGACUGAAUGCAUUAUACUCAUAGGAAAAGUGGCGUCUUAAAUGUAUCCUUAUUGCAAAUUCUUACUUGAAGUUCAGUAGAGAUGUAAGUUAAAGUCAAAACUAUAUUCUGAAUGUGAUAAGAGUUUUGACCAGUGCUGACAUAUGCAUUCACUGCCUUUUGAGCUUUACUUCUAGGGACCUAAUGUGAUCUACAGCCCUGUGUUACUGACAUAAAACCAAAGUGCAAUCUUACAUAAUUCUUCACUCUACUAACGUUUUCACUGGCAGGUGCAUGAUGGACAGUGACGAUGAAGUGCGAGACAGAGCAACAUUUUACUUCAACGUAUUGAAACAGAAACAGUUAACGCUGAAUGCUGCCUAUAUUUUCAAUGGUGAGUAUAACAAUGGAAAACCUGCAACUAAUGUAAGUGACAUCUCAUAACCUUGUAUUGAUAAAGUGGAAUAGUACUGCAUGUAUUUCCUUUUUCAUGAGCUUAUUUUUGAUGGCAGACACUUUUAUACCCUGAGAGCUGACAACCCUCACUGAUAGACUUAAGAGUUGAAAUUGACCAUUCAUAAUUGAGGUUGACUGGACUUAUCAAUAUCAUACUGAAAAUGUUUCCUGCAUGGUUGCAUUUGAUUAAAUAUUGCUUUGCAUGCUGCAUUCAGUUUUUGUGUGCCAGCAAAAGAAAGUGAUCAUCUCACAUAGUUACAAAGGUUUAUAAGAGACGUGCUGUUGAUCCAAAAGAAGGCAAAAAGCCCAGGAUGAGGCACUUUUCCAUUUUGCAACAAACUAGGAAAAAAUUUCUUCUUGACCCCAAAUGACAGUCUGAUCACUCAGUUCAAGAAGCUAUUACCCUGUAAAUUUAAAUUCGUAUCCCUGAAUAUUAUGCUUUUGCAAGUAUUCAUUCAGUUGCUGUUUAAAUUUUUUGUACACACUCUGAUAAAACCAGAGAGUUCUACAUCCUUAUUGUUCUUACUAUAAAAAAAAUUUUCUUUGCCUUAGACUAAAUCUCUUCCAGUCUAAAUGCAUGACCUUGUGUUCUAUGUAUAGUCCUGUUUAAAAAUCAUAAAGCCUCCAUUCCUUUUCUUUUUGUAACUUGCCUCUGAUUUUUUUUUUUUUUUUUCUAGUACCAUAAUAUAUAUAAAGAACAGUUAACCAAAAAUGCACAGAUAAUUCAUGGUGUGCUCUUACCAUUAAUUUAAGAGGCAAAAUUACAUUUAUUAUUAAUGCCCCUUUUUGACAAUACCGUACUGGCCUUAUCAACUGUUCAUUGGCAUUACACAUUGUUGCCUAGUUUACUGUUGAUAACCAUUCCCAAAUCCUUCUCGUGUGUUGUUAUCCCUAAUUCACUACAAUAUAGGGCAUAAGUUGCUUAUGCAUUCUUUACUCCAACUUUGCAUUUGUCUACAUUAAAUUGAAUCUGCCAUUUGAGUGCCCAGUCCCCAAAUCUAUCUAAAUAGAAGCAGUCCCAGAACAGAACCUGUCGGGCAUAACUUAAAACAUUUGUCCAGACCACAGUGACUUAUCAUUUUGCUUACCCAAUAACACUCUCAUGCUUAUUUAAUUUUCUUUUUACUACUGCAUAGCUUAAGGCAUACACGCAACUAAACCGCCUAGGCGGUUAUGGUCGCCUCUCACACGCAGCCUGGUGGCGCCGGCGCUAGUUCGCCUGGCGAAGUACACAUAUAUACCUGUCUCAAAGAAUGCGUAUACCUAAGUCUUCAGCAUAAACAAUACUGCCGUUAGAGAGUAGAGCCUUAGAAUUUAUAUUGUAAACGUCUUAAUGUCUAGCAAGUUACGAAACUAAAUGCAUAUGUAUUUGGUUAGAUCCCUUACGCCAGCUUCUGAUCUGACUGCUAGAAACUAAACUUGUCUGGAUAACGUAAACAAUGCUAUAACUAACUAUGCUUGCCUGUAAUACACCAUUAUGCUAUAAAAUUGUGCUUGUAACUCAUGGGUCCCGCAUGUUUAGCAAGGGGGAAAAAAGCCUGAGGACUGCUUUCGGGGUACCCCAGGCCAGCUUGUAACGUUUAUAUGCACUGCAAAAAAAAGAAAUGUACCAUUAAAGGACCACUCUAGGCACCCAGACCACUUUAGCUUAAUGAAGUGGUCUGGGUGCCAGGUCCCUCUAGGAUUAACCCCUUUUUUUUUUUUUUUUAAAUAAACAUAGCAGUUUCAGAGAAAUAAAUGGGUUAAUCCAGCCUCCAAAUCCUCUAGUGGCUGUCUCAUUGACAGCCGCUAGAGGCGCUUGCGUGCUUCUCACAGUGAGAACACGCAAGCAUCCAUAGGAAAGCAUGCGCAUUCAGCCGAAGAGGAGGAUCGGAGAGGAGGAGUAGAGCUCCCCGCCCGGCGCUGGAAUAAACGUAAGUUUAACUCCUUUCCUCGCCAUCCAGCCCGGUGGGAGGGGGUCCGUGAGGGUGGGGGCACCCUCAGGGCACUUUAGUGCCAGGAAAACGAGUAUGUUUUCCUGGUACUAUAGUGGUCCUAUAAUGGCAACUCUCUGUAUUCUUCAAUCCAAUGUUCUACAGAAAAAUAAGAAUUUUCAUUUAGACCAAUUUCUUUUAGUUUGAACACUAAAAUAGUUCCACACAACAGUUUGAACACCUUGGGUGUGCAAAAAUUCAUACCAUUAAAAUGUGAUAUUCCACAAAGCUUUGUGAAAAAGUGUCUCCAAAUAUUUUCAUGCAAAUCAAUUUUCCAAAGUGCACAAUUGACAACAAUAUUCUCAAUAUUAACUACGUAGCAUUAAUAGAUUUAGUUAAAACAUCAAUUCAUACUGAAAUCACCACAGAGAUGUAAAAGUGAUUUUCAUAAAAGCACAAACAGAUGAAAUAUACUUGCACAAUAUCCUUAUGUAGAAUCAAAAGGAUCUAAGGAUAAAAAAAACACCCUAGUGCAACAUUGUAAAAUAAAGCAAACAGAAACGUAAAAUCCAAAUGGUUAAACUCACAAAUUAAACUCAUCCAAGAUUGCCAGCUGUACUGACUCACCCACAGCCGAAAAUAUCUUACUUCUAAUCUUUCUUCAAUUCCACAAAUUUUAAAAGCCAUAUAAGCAGCUCAACAUCUGUUUAUGCUUUUAUGAAAAUCUGUGCCUUUUACACCUUUAUGGUGAUUUCAGUAUAAAUUGAUCCUAAUAGAUUAAAAGGAGAGGUUCUCUUAUUUCCACACUUUGCUCCUUAAGUACUUGUAGGUGACCGUCAGGCCCAAAAAGCUUUGUUUACCUUAACUUUCUUUAGUUACUUCUGCACAUUGUCUUGAGAUAUACAAUCACAAUCUUUAUGCAGCAAGCAUUUGCAUAUCUCUUGCCAUAGGCUCCUCCUUAAUAUAUACUGAGGGGAAGAAAAAAAAUUGUGUUUUUUUUUUUUGUUUUUUGUUUUAAUUUUUUUUCCCUGGUCUUCAUUAACUAACACACCCAUCUCUGUUUUCAAUGUACUUACACUUUAAUUUUUUUAUAAUUGUGUACUUAAAAAAAAUUCAAAUAAUAAAACAUUUAUGGUUGGUUUUGUUCUAUCUGACUAUCACUUUCUUAUUUUCUAGUUUAGCCCAUCUAAUCAUUUUUUGCAUGCAUUAUUGGCUUCCUUAAAAUUUAUAGAGGACGCCUCUUAUUUUGUCUGAUUUUAAAUGCUUUAAUUGCCUUUUUCUUAUUUUUAAUUUCUUGGUUUACCUUUCCACUAAACUAUUUUGUUAUAUAGGCUCCUUGCAUUAAUAAGCAGGCAUUUAGUAUAAUCACGAAUCUCUUGUACUUUAUGUAAAAGUUUAUUACUGUUAUAUCUUUUCUGUUCUUAUCUUGCCCCUACCCCAUCUCCAUCACCCCCUUGUGCUGAGCUAAAGCCCAUCUCUUUUCUGUCUUAUCUACCUCUAUUUUGUAGCUUUCUAUGUCCCUUCCCCCACCAUUGGUUUAAAAUCUCCUCCAACAUUCUAGCCAUACUGUCCUCAUAUCUGCAACAUUCCAGACCUGGGAAUCCACAAACUGUCCAUUUGAGACGAUUACCCUAUAAACUUUCUUAAUAAAAGAGUCCCCUACCAUGACAACCUUUCUAGCCUUUCUUACAUUCUCAGCCCGACAUGUACUCGAGGGGCUGUUCCUUUGGAUGUUAGAAGGAGCAUCUUUCUCCAGUACAGCUACUCCUGAGCUAUUGCUCCCAACAUCUUCACUCAAACAGGCAAAUGUGUUAGAUUGCACAAAGUCACAACCAUCUAAACCUUUCCUUCCCCCACUAACAUAUGAAACUGUUAACCAGCUGUCUUAUCUCCUCCCUCUCCACUAGAGGGCCCCACUAAACUGACAAUUUUGAACGGGGACUGCUACUCACUUAGCAAUCUGUCUCAAUGUAGCAAUUCACUUCUCCAGAUCUCCAAUGUAAGCUUUCAUAGGAGCCACUCGCUCACUACUGCCACAGAGGUAUGGACCCUGGAUGGAUUGAUGCAUACAUGUAGCAAGAUGUGCUCUGUCAAAUCUUGUCAGCACCCAUUUCUAGUUGCCAAAAACAAGUAUGCAGGACAGUAAUUGUUGGAUUAAACCCUUGUUUUGAACGCUUUCUUAAAAGAAACUACUUUUAAGCCACUACAAGUGAGUUUAUUAAUUUCAGUUCUUAAAAAAAAAAAGACAAAGUAUAGUAGCACUAUUUUCUGUGACCUAUAAAUAAGUUCAACGCAAUGACCUAUUUAGGUAGAAAUUCCGUUUUAUGUUUUGUGACAUAUAUAUAACACUAUAAUUCGGCAAGUUCAAAUUAUGAUACACUACUUAUUUUUUUCCAGGGUUGACAGUCUCUGUGCUUGGAAUGGAGAAAGCUUUGCACCAGUACACUCUGGAACCUUCAGAUAAACCAUUUGACAUGAAGAGUGUUCCUUUAGCCACUGUUCCCUUUAUGGAACAAAAAACAGGUGUGUGUGUGUGUGUGUAUGUGUGUGUGUGUGUGUGUGUGUGUGUAUAUAUAUAUAUAUAUAUAUAUAUAUAUAUAUAUAUAUAUAUAUAUAUAUAUUGCUUCUUUAGUGGGGAAAAAAGAAGGUUGUGCUGUUGGAUCACUGCCAGGUUUUAUCUAUACUUGUGUGUUUGUUUAACUUAAUCUAAAUAUAUAAUACGUGCAUGGCACGUAUAACCCUCUGUGCUUUCAUGCAGUGCAGGACGUAGCAUCCAUUGACUGAAUUGAUGGUCAUGCAGUAAAGGUACCAGCAGGGGUUAAAUCUUUUGAUACCUGAGGGUCCCUUCUAGGUGCAGUGCUCUAAGUGAACAUUGCACAGAUCCCUUUAAAUACCACAGUUGAGUAAUCUUGUUCAGCCGUGGUAUUUCUAGCAACACCAGCCUGCAGAAUAAAAAAUAAAAAAAGGGAACCCCAGAUCUCUUUCGCUACGAAGGGGUCCUCACUGUCAGUUGGGGCCACAGACUUGCAGGAGAGCUCUGAGCAGCGAGUACUGCUCAUAGUCCUUUAAACUGAUUUAAAUACAGCGCUUGCGGUAUUGCGGUAACAUUUAAAUUUACUUCCCACCAACCUAGUUUGUCAUUGUUUACUCCGUAGUGUCAGGGAAGCCCACAGGGUAUGAAAAUAUCCUGGUAACUUCUCCCUGGUUUUGCAGGAAUGGUGCUGAUCUCUGCCAGCUGCCCAGCACCAAUCUCUUUAUAAGAAGCUGCAGGGAAUCCCCUGAGAGGUGGGAUUAGGACUAAAAUUAUAGGAUUAGAGGUUGGAUUAUUGUUUAGAUUAGGUGUAGGAAAAGGGGCUAGAUAAUGGGUUACAUUAUGAGUAGGAUUAUAGGUUGGAUUAGGGACAAUAUUAGUGGUAGGAUUAGGAGCAAGGUUAGGUGGGAGGUAUUCAUGUGGGAUAUCACUGUACUCGAGAACAAUAGCAGAAUACAAAUAUGGGGUGUUUUGGUUGUGGGACACGUGAUCUGUGAAUUUUCCCCAAAUAAAACAUGCUUGGGAAAAAAUGUUUCAAUGAAAAGUGUCAAAAUGCUCUUGGUUACAUAUCACAGGGCUAUGUACCUUCUGCAUAUAUUUACUUUUGUGUAGUUAUUUUGGGCUCUGUGACUACUAUUAAAUUUGUAAUCCCUGCAUGCCAAAUUUUCCAAAGUUUUAGCUUUAAAACUAGAAUUCACUCCUUGCAGUAAUUGUUUUAGAACGUCUAUAAAAAAAAAUAUAUAUUGGUCAUUUUAACCAGCCUAACUAAUUGGUUAAUCUAUUUCAAGUUUUUUUAUUAGCAUUUGGUGUGUAUAAAUUAAAUGUAAAACAGAGGGAAAAUGUAAUUUAUCCCUAUUUACUAUUGUGUUAUGUAUACUUUUAGAGUAUCUAAAGAAAGCCAUAUUUCCCAUUUAAAAACAAACAUAUAUAAUGUAUAUGGUGCACUUAAACAGAAAGGUGGACAUUGUAGAUCGUGUGUGUGUGUGUGUAUAUUAUUAUAAUCGCACACGUGAAAUCAGACAGCAAAGGAGCACAGAUGCAUUCAAAAACAAUUCUGUCCAUCUGGCCUUUUAGCAAUUUCUUGUCAUUUACUUUAAUAUUUUGAUAUACUAGCUGUGAGAAGAACAUGAUAGUCACAAAUCCUGUAUUACAUACGAUGGUAUAACUUCUCUUAAAUGUGAUGAGCUUUACUUUAAUAGUCUACUUAUGUGUACUAAUACUUUUGGGAAUCUCUGUUUCAUUUUCUGUCAGACCUUGCUUCUAUGGCUAACAAGCAGCCUGAAAAAGUUUUGCCUGCCCGACAAGACAUCUUUCAAGGUGAGAGUUAUGUUUCUGGAAAUUGAAAAAUCCUCUGGCCAAAUUCAUUUAUUUAUUAUAUAAUAGAAUAUUAACUUUGGAUAACUUUCUCCCUUCAACUACACAUUGGACUAGUUCCUCUAAUUUUCUCGGCAAGAAAGUACUUGCUGGUGGAAAUUAUAGAUCAGUCAUUUACUUGGGAAACACAAUUUCACAAACCCAAGUUGCAAGUUAAUGUUCGGUUCAGUAAAUACAUUUUUCCUUUACUAGUUUGGUUGUAGAGUUACUUAAAUUUUAGGAUCCUUUUUGUGCUGCCUGGUCCACAUUCCAAUAAGCUCCUCAUCAUUCUGUUUGUGUAGAAUUUAUUCGUACAAUAAGUAAUUCCUCUGAUGAAUCUGAAUUAUAUUUACCUUCAGCAGCUAUCAUCUAAUUUUGAAUCCCAACUUCUAUCCAUCCCUACUUUCUCCUGUCCCUCAUUGGCUAUCUCCUCAUAUAACACUACCCUCACCUCUUCCCUGGACGCUGCAUCCCUGCUCCAAACAUGCACCUUGAAGAGAGCAUGCCCCCAACCGUGGAAAUCUAAAUCAACACACUACCUGCAGAGAUGUUCCCGUUCUGCUGAAGGCUACUGGGGGAAGUCACGCACCCAGUCGGACUUCCUCCACUACAAAUUCAUGUUGCGUUCAUACUUUUCCUCCUUCAUUAGCUCAUGCUCCCGCAAUCCCAGGCGUCUUUUUAAUAAUGGUGUUGUAGAGACAUUCUCAGGCACUGGGUGUAGUGGUAUUAUGGAGACAGGCUUGCAGACUAUGGUGAGGCCUCAUAGAAAGCAGCUGCUAUUGGGGGAUUCUAUCAUAAGAGGUGUGGAGCUGAACAAUGGUGGUCUUGUGAGAUGUCUUCCCGGAGCUAAUGCUCACAGAUACAGGUGACAUAUUUGUAAUAUUGUUAAGUGAGCAAAGCAGGAAGGGGUAUUGGAUGUACUUGUCCAUCUAGGGACACAUGACUUGACUUGCAAUGAGGUUUCAGAGGUAAAUUAAGCUUUUUGUGUUUUUUGCCAAUGAUAUACGGCAGGUUGCUUCCACACUGUCAUUCUCUGAAGUUUUGCCUGUGCAUAACAUUCAGAACGACAGGUGGAUGCGUAUUAGGGACUUUAACUUGUGGCUUGGUGAAUGGUGUCGGGAGCAAGGACUUGGUUUUAUUUCUCAUGGUAGCUCUGUUUGGAAUGGAAAUAAACUGUACAAAAAAGGUUGUUUGCAUCUUUCUCAAAAGAGAACAAAUGUUCUCAGUGAGCAGUUUAGAGGUUUUGCUAGGAUGUAUUUAAACUAAGAGAGGGGGUGGGGAAAAAAGGUGAUAAAACAAUCAAAUUGCCCCCCAAAACAAGGACAGAAGGUGCCUGUAGGAAAUGUGUUAAAAAAUGAUAAGCUUAGAGUCAUGUCUGUUAGAUAAUCUACUAGUUGAAGAAAUAGCUAAAAUGACAAUGAAGGGAGGUAUCAUCUUGCGUGACUUUAAUCUUCCUGAUUUGAACUGGAAAACCAAAAUAGCUGCUUGUGCCAGGAGCACAGUUAUUCUAAACUCCCUACUGGGAUUGUCUCUAAAACAAGUCGUCGAGGAGCCAACUCGUAAAAAGGCCAUACUAGAUUUAGUAAAAACCAAAGAAAGAAAAAUAUACCUAUGUAUAUUUAAACAAAUGGAGGUCAUUUAGUUACUCCAAUGGCCAACGUCAAUGUAGACCCUCCUAAGCGGGUCCUACACUAACCCUUCACCUUGCUUCCUUGAGCUUCUGGCAAAGAUAUCUCUAAUAAGACAGAGAGGGGUAUUUUUUAUAUACACUCCUAUAUACUUAACACAUGGGAGAAAUGGGAUUAUUUAAAAGUUGCACUGCUGAAGGCAACAGAAAAUUGCACUAGGCUUGUCAGUUAAAGCAAAAAAAUAAAAUAAAAAAAAUUCAAGAAACCACUGUGGUACUCCACAUAUGUUGCCAAAAUAGUAAAAAAACAAAAAAGUUGGCAUUUAAUAAUUAUAAAAAAACCUAGACAGAUCUAUAAGAUUAGGCAGAAAGAGGCUAAGCAAGUUAUAAGAGCUUCCAAAUCACACACCCAAGAGAAAACAGCAGUCAGUAAAAAAAAGGGGGAGGGGGGACAAAACAUUUUUAGAUACAUAAAUGAGAAAAGAAAAGUAAAACAAGGAUUAGAUUGAUUAAAAACAAAAGGAAGGUAUGUAGAAGAGGAUAAAGGUGUAGCUGACUGCCUCAAUUAAUAUUUUUGUUCAGUAUUUACAGAUGAAAAUGAAGGAAAGGGGCAUUUGUUACAUGUAGUAAUACUGAGAAUUCACAACGGUUUUCACUACACUUUCUUGUUUGCAGCCAUAUUAAUUGUGUAUUCUUUCAAUAUCGUGUAAAAUAUAAACUAGAGCAUUGUCUUUGUUUUUUAUCUUUUACAGAACAACUGUCUGCCAUUCCUGAAUUCAGGAGUUUGGGGCCCUUAUUCAAAUCCUCUGAACCUGUGCAGCUUACAGAAGCUGAGACAGAGUAUUUUGUGCGGUGCAUUAAGCAUGUGUUUACAGAACAUAUUGUUUUUCAGGUAGGUAAUAUCAUUCUCAGUUAUGACAUAAUCAUAUAACAUUAAAACUUAAUUUUUUGUUUCACAGUUCAUUGAUCCAUCCUCAGAGCUACACAAUCCUAAUACACUGACCCUUAAUCACCUUUGAGCAAACAGAGUUCUGCUUUCUAAACGUUUUCAACUUCACUUACACAGUUUGUUUUGCAACCAUCACACUUGUGUUAUGCUUUAUUACACCAGUCCUUUGUCUUUUAUCUAGUCACUCAUCAUGGUCAAUUGCAUGUCAUUGAUUUUAGCCUUAAAGCGACACUCAACUGCCCAGAUGCAAUAAAAACAAAAAAACAGUAAAUUAAUAAAAUCACUACUUUGUAAAUGUACUCCAAUGAAAACAUGCAAAAAUCUAAUCAUGCUUUUUUUUCCCCCAUCGGUAGAGUUAUCUAAAAACACCUUGCAAUAGCUGCAAAUCUCUUGUCUGCAGCCUUUGCAAGCCCAGACUUUCUGUAACUGCUCAAUCACAGAUAUCCCAAUGCAUUCAUUGAUAAGUCUUUGCAAGGUGCUAUGUGUCAUGGCAAGGGUGCAUAACUUAUUAUUGCACUAUGGAAUAUUGUCCUUUAAUGUAAUUUGUGUAGUGCAUAGAUGACCUGCCUGCUUGGUAGAGGUGAUAUUGUCAAUGUCAAAAGUGGUUAAUUUGAUUGUAUGGAAGUGUGUAUGUAUAUGUGUAUGUGUGUGUGUGUGUGUGUGUGUGUGUGUAUAUAUAUAUAUAUAUAUAUAUAUAUAUAUAUAUAUAUAUGCAUACACUGUCUAGGUGUAUUUUACUAUUUAUAUAUAUAUAUAUAUAUAUUUAUAAUAUAAAAAAUUAAAUAUGUAAAUACGUAAAAAAAAAAAUAAUUAAAACAUAUAUAGAUGUGUGUUAUUUCGUUCUAACUGUACAUGGGGGUACUGUUCUACUCGGGAGACUUCGCUGAACACAAAUAUUAUGAUGAUAACGAUGAUAUCGCCAGUAAAAGUAUCACACAAACAGCACUUACAUGGACAAUAUUAUUGCUGUGAUACUUUUUACUGUUUUGAAACACAAAUAUUUGUGUUCAGCGAAGUCUCCCGAGUACAAGAGUACCCCUCAUGUACAGGUUUUAUGGUGUUUUCAAAAGUUACAGCGUCAAAUAUAAGGCUUGUGUUUCAUUUUUUUCACAUUAAAAUUCGCCAGAUUGGUUACGUUGCCUUUGAGACCCUAUGGUAGCCAAAGAAUGAAAAUUCCCCUAGGAUGGCAUACCAUUUGCAAUAGUAGACAACCCAAGGUAUUGCAAACGGGGUAUGUCCAGUCUUUUUUAGUAGCCACUUAGUCACAAACACUGGCCAAAAUUGGCGUUUUUUGCAUUUUUCACACACAAACAAAUACUAACGCUAACUUUGGCCAGUGUUUGUGACCAAAUGGCUACUAAAAAAGACUGGACAUACCCCAUUUGCAAUACCUUGGGUUGUCUACUAUUGCAAAUGAUAUGCCAUUAUGGGUGUAAAUUUCAUUCCUGGGCUACUAUAAAGUCCCAAAUGCAACGUAACCAAUCUGGCGAAUUUAAAUUUCAAAUGUAACGUGCUAUAUUUGACCCUGUAACUUCCCAAAACGCCAUAAAACCUGUACAUAGUGGGUACUCCCAUUUUUUUCAUAUUAAAUUAUGUUUCAUAGCUAAAUAUUUGAUAUUAAAUGAAAGCCCUGUUUCCCCUGAAUAAAAUGAUAUAUAAUAAAAGGGUGGGUGCAUUUAAUAUGAAAGAGGUGAAUUACGGUUGGACAGACAUGUAGCGCAAAUGCCAGGUUUUGUUUACAUUUUGUUACGUUCACAACGUGUACAUUUGGCUCCGUCCUUAACCCCUUAAGGACACAACUUCUGGAAUAAAAGGGAAUCAUGACGGAAUGUUUCCGUCGUGUGUCUUUAAGGGGUUAAGGGGUUAAUAUCUUAUGUCAACUGAAUAUUGUUACUUCCUAAAAUAGUACUAAUAUAUUAUGUGCAUAGAAAUUUACUGUUUUGGUUAAUAUUUACAGAUGUAUGCUUUUACUUUUGUACAGUUUGACUGCACCAACACAUUAAAUGAUCAGUUACUUGAAAAGGUAACUGUGCAGCUGGAGCCUUCAGAAGCCUUUGAAGUAACUCAUUAUGUACCAGCACAGAGCCUUCCCUACAACCAGCCUGGAAUGUGUUACACUCUAGUCAAGCUUCCCGAAGAUGAGCCUACGUCAGGUGAACAUUUAUAUUCUCACCUGGAUUGGCAUCAAACAUGCCUCUAAAUUAUUUUGUCCUUUUUCCACUUUUGUUGGACCUCUGUAGAGAUUAACGUUUAAGUCCUUAGAUAUUAGUGUUGAAGAUGAGCAUCACUGCACAUAGAGGGAGUUUGUAACAUUGAGAAUAGGUGCGAAGGCUACUUUAUAAAUACCAUUUGUCAAUUUAUUUGCUACUUCUAACGAUCAGUUAUUUAUAUAAUGACUUCUGAAAUCUGUACAAACGACAUGAUAAUGUAUCUAAGAAAUGAAUCCAACUUGUCUUCUUUUGUCAGUGUCCUGCACCUUUAACUGUACAAUGAAGUUUGUUGUCAAAGACUGUGAUCCACAAACCGGUAUACCAGUUGAUGAAGGUUACAGUGAUGAAUAUGUGGUACGUAUUAUUUUUUCAAAGUAAAAACUGUUCAUCCCUUUUGCUUCCAUGGCCGAGAACAUAUUAUAAUAAAAGGAAUAUAUUUCACUAUUUUAUUUUGAAAAUGUUAACACACUACUUCAACAGUGUCAAGAAUAUUCUUAAGAAAAAUAGGACUGUUUUUAAGGCUUAACAUAGCUCUCAGGUUUAGACAAAUCAUCAUCUGAAUCUUGAGUGUUAUGAAAACAUUAGAAUAACUGAUAUUCUCAUGUCUGUGUCAGCUGGAAGACUUGGAGGUGGGGCUUUCAGAUCACAUUCAAAAGGUCUUGAAACCAAACUUUGGUGCUGCUUGGGAAGAAGUGGGCGAUAUAUAUGAAAAAGAAGAAACCUUUGCUCUCAGUACAACAAAAACAUUGGAAGGUAACUGUAUUUGUUUAAUAAAAACAGCUAAAUGUAUUUUUUUUUCUGGGGUACAGUCACAUUUUAUAUAAUAUGUCAGUAUUGCAUGUCUUUUGUCAAAAUUCAGAUUCAGCAGGUGUUUUACUUUAUGAUCUUAUUGAGAUGAUCUUAAUAGCAAGAACCUGGAAGCCCUGUUAGGGCCAUAGUUGGAUGAGACUGUCAACCCUGUAGGCAGUAAUAAAGUAUAUAAACAAAAUACUUUCUAUUAAAUGUUCUGUAAGACAAAUAUGUGAAUGUUUGGCAUUGACAGUAAGUAUAAAGCAGAGCGAGAAUAAGGUUUCAGGCAUACAGCAGUGGGAGUGGCCAACGUCUUUGCCCUUUGUCUCUUUUUUUUUUUUUUCUAUUUAUACAUAUCCUAAGAGAUAAUCAUGUGACCAAAUGGUGCAAUUGGUGACUGCCACUUCUUAGUCUGCAAGGGUGUCACCAUAUCUGAGGAUUGAGGGUUCUAGAAAUGAAGUGCACUGGAAUUCAUACCUCAUUAUGAUGUAUGCUGCUUUAUAAUUUCCUUCAUUACUGCUUUUGUUUUUUAGAUAUUAAGACUCUUUUAGUAAAUACAACAUAUGACAAAUUGAAGAGGUGGGCAUGAUGAGUAGAGGAGGGAAAACUGAAUAUAUUUAUGAGAAAUGUAUAAACCACAUCCCAUUGUUGAGACAUGUUGAUAUGCUACAGUACAGAUUAAAACAACCAGGAGAGAAACGAUUAAAAGAUGUAUAGUAAUUCUGUUUUCAUGCAAUUUUUCAACUGUAUUUAACAACCAGAAGUGACUUUUUAAAAACUAUUUUUACAUUGCGCACUACAUAUUAAUUUGAGAUUUUUGUUCAAUAAAAUAAUUUUUUCUCAUAUUAAUAAAGAUUCAAAGCUGCAUGUGAUGGUUAUAAAGUAGUUUUAUCCUAUAAUGAGAAUAUCAAUCUGUCUCAUUCUAAAAAUCUUGUUGUUCGAGACCAAACUCUGAUUUAGCAUUAGCAGCCAUGUACAGAACUGCUGAUGGUAAAUCUAUAAUUACAAGAUUGUUAUUAUGGGUUGUUAUUGGUUCUUUAGGGAUUACUUAUAUAUUUAUGCUUUAUGCGAUCAUCCAUUCUAGAGAAUAUGACUACAAUUUCAAUUCAUUAGUUCAUAAUGACAGCCAUUUAAAGGUACACUAUAGUGUUAGGAAUAGUUGGGAGGCCGUAGCACAUGCACAGCAAAAUGCUGCACAUAUCAGAAUCUCCUCAUAGAGAUGCAUUGAAUCAAAUCAUCUCUAUGGGGAUAGUUCAUCUCCAUGCAGAGUGUGGAGAGGCUGAAUGCUUUUGCUGCACACAAUGCAGCAGGGAAAUAGGAAUCGCCUCUAGUUGGUGCAUGAGUGACAACACCUGAAAUGUUACUAGGCAGCAAUGUAAACGCUGCCUUUUCCCUGAAAAGGCAGCGUUUACAUUGCUGAGCCUGCAGGGACAUGCUGUAGACACCAGAACCAUUACAUUAAGCUGUAGUGGCUCGGACUAUAAUAUCUCUAUAAUUAGAUUACUUGUUCUUUUCCCCACAAAUAUACCCCAAAACAUUAUUAACAAUAAGUAGCAGAACAAUUUGUCUCCUUAAAAUGAAUGAUAAAAUUAAAUUACAGAUGAUAUGAAUACAGCUCUGUGUUGCAUGUUUAGAACUGUAUUUUGUUUUAUUUUUGUUUAAUGUUAUAAUUUCAGAGGCUGUUACCAACAUCAUUAAGUUCUUGGGAAUGCAGCCAUGUGAGAGGUCUGACAAGGUGCCUGAGAACAAAAACUCACAUGUACUUUAUUUGUCAGGUGAGUGAAAAUUGUGCACCUCUAGUGACUGUCCAUUGAAACGUGAAAACCUAUUAUAAAACAGUUAGCAAAGGUUGUUGUAGAUCUCUCCCAGUGAGCCUAACCCAGAAUUGUUCAAAAUCAAAAAAAAAAGUGAAUUAUGCGUCGUCCUAGGGAACAUAGGGGGAAGAAGUCUAUAUAAAAACCAAAUCACUUUAUUUUACAAAAACACAGAUACCUGUUAUACCAUCACGAGCAUUGGGAUAAUAAAAUAAACAUACCAUGAAAUAUCAUUGGUAAGAUGUAAGCAGGAAAUAAAUAUUUUAUUGUGAUAAUAAUAUAGCAGAAAGUGAUACAUUGUACUGUUAUCCUCCUGACCAGUGUAACAAGAGUAAGAUAAAGAUUCUUACAUGGACAGAGAUCCACCCCCGCCAGAUUUGUUUUAUAUGGUGCAAUCACAAGUUUCUAUGUUUUUGAGUGGGCAGUGUUAAAGGGACACUGUAGUCAUCAAAUCAACUUUCGCCUAAUGAAGCAGUUUUGGUCUAUAGACCAUGUCCCUGCAGUCUCACUGCUCAGUUCUCUACCAUUUAGGAGUUAAAGCAUUUUGUUUAUACUGCCCCAGUCACACCUCCCUGCAUGUGAUAUGUACAGCCUUCCUAAAAAAACUUAAUGUAAAGUAAGAUUUAAUGUUUAAAUUUCCUGUAUUGCACAGUCUGUUUAAUUUAGUAGUUCUUAUCUCUUGCUCUGUAAUAGCCUUCUUGACCUUGCAGGAGCCUUUUGUAUGUGAUUAAAGUUCAAUUUACAGAUUGAAAAUAAAACCAUUUUUUAUGUAGGCUGUGUGUUGGUCACAGCCAAGGGGCCAGAGCUGCAUGGACAGAAACAUAAGUGUUUUAACUAUUUAAUGGCAGAGCAUUUAGCAGUGAGACUGCAGGGGCAUGAUCUAUCCAGUAAAACUGCUUCAUUAAGUCGAAGUUGUUUUGGUGCCUAUAGUAUCCCUUUAAUUCAAGUCCAUGCUCUCUUGUCUUGGCACACAUUAAAAUCUUAGUUUUUUCUUUUCACAUCAUAUGUAGGGAAAUAAAAAAACCCUUGCACUUGGUUUCACUCUGUAUUUUUCACAUUUCCAUGGAGUGGUAAAACAACUUAGAAAAUAAUAGAUACCUGUUUACCCCCUAAACCCUCGUGGGGAGAUCUGUUCAAAACCCAGUCAUUAGUAGCUCUGUUGACAGCUGUAAAGCAUGCAAUAUAUGUGAUUAUGAGCAGAGUUAUUCAUUAAAAACCAUGAGCGAAAAUAGUUACAGAAUUUAAAGGAAGCUCCAAGCACUAUAACAGCUUAUGCUUAUUGCAUAGGUUAGGAUACAAGGAGGUCCCCAUUCACUUACUGCACACACUUUUUUAUAACAGAGAUGCUCUUAACUCCGAUGUCAGAGAGGUUUAUGCCUCCCAUUAAAUACUUGCGCUUUAUAUGCACAGUGUGCAAGUCCUUACCUGCCCUGUCAGGCUCUUAAAACAUCUCAACCAUUUUCUGGCAUUUCCAGAGGUGGCUGCAUAAGAAACCGGUCCCUGGGACACGCUACAAUGGAAAUAAUCUACUUUUUAUCUGCAAUUUAAAUGCAUUAUCUCCAGAAUAAUUAAAUUACCAGAACCUGUCUAGUAUAGGAAUACAAUCAGUCCUUUAACAUUUCAUCCAGCAUGCAAGAUUUGCUAGCUUUCACCAAAUAUAUAGUUUUUUGUCAAUUGAAUGUUUAAAACACAUUUUGAAAAGUUAAACGAAUGUAAUGUUUCAGUAGCAAUAUCUGUUCCUUCUCUUGUAACUAGGUGUAUACAGGGGCGGACAUGAUGUUCUUUUGCGAUCCAAGCUUGCCCUUAGUGAUGGUGUUACAAUGCAAGUUACGGUCAGGAGCACAGAUGAAACGCCAGCUGAUGUCAUCCUGGCCUCUGUGGGAUAGGAAAUCCAACAUACAUCCUCCAUAUCUCAUAAAGGAAAUCAUAACAUUUCAGGAAAAAGUAACUCCUAUGUUUCCCUUCUAAUAUACCAUACAACCUCUGGAACUCGAAUUCUUGCUCUAAGUCUUAUGUCUGAACUUCCCAACAACUCUGUGAUUUACAAAAAAAAAAUGCCUUGGAGACAGAAGCAGCAGCAGUUAAAGGAUCAAAGUCGAUGACUCCGGAUCCUUGCAAUUGUUCAUUCCAGCGUGUGUGUUUUCAAAUGAAGCAUGGCAAAAUGUGUUUCCUCUCUAGCCUUGAGAGACUUUUUGUACCUAGAUAAAACCAUUAAUAUUUCAGCUAUUAUGUCUCUACAGGUUUAGUACUACAGCAGAACUGCCACAUAUUACCAAAUAAAAAUGUAGUUCUAACUUGCAAUUAUUUUUAUUUAUUUAAUAGCAACAUAUCCCACAGCACUAUACAACAGUUAAAAGAAACAUGCAGCUUAUUGUGACCAAACAAGAUCCACAUACAAGAGCGAAGAUUAUGAAGACACUGAGCUCACCAACUGAAGGACUGUAACAAAAAUUAAAACUUACUUGCAAACUUGGGCAGUAUGUAAUGCUCCAUAAGGGAUAAAGGGAUAAUCUAUGUACCAAAGAAUUUAAGCUUAAUGAAGCAGGUUUGGUGUAUGGACCAUGCCCCUGUAGUAUAACUGCUAAAUUUUCUGCCAUUAGGGUUGAAUCACGUUUGUUUUUAUUUAGGCAGCCAUUGUCACACCUUAGGUUAGGUCUUCACUACUGCUUGCCACACCUUGUGCCUGUAGCUUGAAUCUUUUGAGGUAAGUAUUUCUGAGUAAUAGAGCAUUAUAAACAUGUUCAAGGAUGUCCAAGUUGCAGUUCUACAUAUUUAUUUUAGAAACAAAUGCUUUAAAUGCCCAUGGUAUCACUACAGCCCUUGUUGAGUGGGCCUUGAUCAGGCAGUAGAGAUUUAGCAGUGUUAGUCAAGGCAAUGGAUUCCUUAAUUCUCUUUGCCAACAUAGCUUCCAAAGCUCGUUUGCCUUUGUUCUUGUCUUUAGAUAAAAUAAACAAAUGCUCU